CGCCCUCCCUAGCCGCUUUGCUCCUCUCUCCCCUGCCAGGACGGGAGGGAGCGGUGACCGCGGAGAGAGCAGGCCGGUGAUGACAUGCUCGGCAGGACGCUUCCAUUGGGUUAGAACCGUGAUGUCAUAAUGCCGGUGGCUGACAUCAGGCAAGGAGGUGCAACUCCGAGGCACCAUGCUGGAGCUGAGAUGGCUGCUUAUCUGGGGUCCCGCCUGUGGAGGCGCCACACCAUGCACAAGGAGAAGGAAGCCAAGAAAGCAGAGGUGAAGAUCAACUGCAGAGACAUCAUAUGCGUCCAGGAUAACUGGGACGUGGAGGAGUUUGUCUCAAAGGUGUGCAUGGGCAGGUUUCUCAAUCAUCCCGCCUUUAAAAUCACGCUUGCCGCGCUCAUCAUCGGCAACGCGCUCAUCAUUGCUAGCCGGACGGAGACGGAGGUCGAAGAGAAAUACUAUGGGUUGUUCUCUGCCAUCGAUAACAUUGUCCUGACUGUCCUUACCUGUGAGGUGCUUCUCAACUGGUACUAUGGAUUCUGGCUGUACUGGAAGGACGGUUGGAACGUCGUCAAUUUUUUUAUCGUGGCGUAUCUCUGCGUGGGGCCUUUCAUCCCUGUGCUGAACAACCAAAAGAUUUUCUGGGUCCUCAGGGUGAUGAGGCUGAUGCAGGUCUGCACGCUGGUCGAGGGGCUGGCCAGGAUGAUCCGGGUGAUCCUCCAGUCCAUCCCAGACAUGGCCAAUAUCAUGGCCCUGCUCUUUGUCAUCAUGCUGGUCUUCUCAGUGUUCGGAGUGACACUCUUUGGAAAUCUGGUCCCGAUGCACUUUGGAAAUCUAGGGGUGGCUUUGUAUUCGCUCUUCAUCUGCCUCACGCAGGAUGGAUGGCUGAACAUAUACCAGAUCUUUGAGGAAGAGGGGAUCACCCUGAAAAUAGGGGGUGCCCUUUACUUUUUCAUCUUCAUCACGGGCGGGGCCUUUAUCUGCACCAACCUGCUGGUGGCCGUGGUGACGUCAAACCUGGAGCAGACAAUGCUCGCCUACGCUGAGGAGAAGCAGAAAAGAGACCAGCUCCUCCACCCCGACAAGUACGUGGACCGGGAGUCCGAUGUUGGGGGUGACGACUCAUCUCUGGAGCUCAACCUGGUGCAUUUGAAAGCAGUGAUGCAGGAUACCCCAAUGACGCAUCGCCAGAUGCCGCUGAUGUACGGCAACCUGGGCAAUCUGACUGAAGCUACCUGUGACGAUUUCUGUCUCAUCUUGGAAGGGAUCCAAGAGAACCUGAAACGAUACAAAGAGAUCCGGGAUGAGCUUAGCACAAUAGUCAAGGAAGUGAGGUCCAUUGCGUUCAAUAAAGAACAGGAGGAGGAGAGGGUGCUGCGAAACAUCCAGAACACCAACAUCUCCGACGGCCUGCUUGGCAACGAGGUGGCUGCUGGGAGGUCUGGAGAUAUCCUGUCCACGCUGAUGACUCUGGAGAAGGUGAACAUGAUUGACCCAGAGGAUGUCACGUCAUCAGGGUACAACAGGGGGGCAGUGAAGCUGGCCUUCUUGAAAGCCCGACGCCAUUCUCUUCUUAACCAGUCAGUGCCUCCUUAGCUGUGCCAGAGCGGGACCAUGGAGCUGCGAGUGGGAAUCUGCCCCCGGACCGUGCAACCGUGGAGCUAUUAGUGGAGCUGCGGCAUAAAUGCUUCUUUUGUAAUGGGGGUGGGGGGCGGAUUUAUUUGCUUUACGGAGGAGACGCUUCUGUCUUUGGGAUGCCGAGGAGCGAGUGUGGACAAGGGGUCGGAGCUCCAAGGAGCACGCGCCAUGAAAUACCAGCUUCUAGUCGGACAAAGCCAGACCUGGAGGAGUGGCGGGAGACAGGGGUGGCUUGGAUUAAUGCCAGGUCUGUCAUGUUUGCUGGGUCCAUUGGGAUGACUCUGAUGUGGCCUGGACUGUCUCUUGGAUGGAGACCAUGUCCAGCGUAUUCAUGGUUUGGUGCCUCCAAAGCACAAAGCAAAGAACAUCAGGGAGAGAAGAGUUGCUGCAGAGCCUGUGGUCAGAGCAUCGUCUCCCACCCUCUUUCCCAGAGCCCCUGUGAGAACAGAGCCCUCCAGGUGGUAAGAGCAGGGAUGCAGGAUGAAGCAUGGGGUGUUCAUGCUUGUACCUGUAAAAGGGGCUUCUCUUGCAGCAUCAGGGAUGGAUGCAAUGUCUAAAUCUGGGAAAUGUGUGGUGGAGCAGAAGAUGUGUCCAUAACGUUGUCCUGGCUGAUGCCUCCUCAAGACUCUACCAACAGGCAGUCCAGGACUAGUUUGCACAGGCCAUGCCCUAUGCAGUGAGUGGAAAAGGGCUGAUGAAAUUAUUUUGCACGUUUAAUACCCAUUGUCAAGUUCUGGACCAUGUUUCCUACCUUGGCUGCUCAUGCCGGUGAGUGACACAACAAACAAAAUCGUUUGACUUUCCAAAGCCAGGAGGUGCCACAUCUGUGUUUCCCACCCAGUGCUCUCCAAACUCCAGUUGCAGAAGGCAACUGCUCUGAUUCAGCUGUAUCUGCCCCAUGUUCGCUGGGCUGGAUGCACUCCAGCACUCAUGUAGCCUUGCAUUAAAAUGAGCAGUGUCUGGGGAAAGUAGCUGGUGCCAGCAUAUUUGAGACUAAUACUCGUCAAGAAACACAUGGCUCGUGUUGAUCAGGUGUGAUGCUUGUGCUGGUCUCGGAUGAAUGAUCAUAAUAAAGAGCAUCGAGUGGUGUUUCCGUGGCCGUUAUGUUCUGUGACAAAGUUCCUCCUCUACCUUGGUGGGUCCUGCGCCUAUUGGCGGGAUUUGCUCGCCUCACAGAUUCACCCUGUGGGUCGGGAAACAGCC